UGCAUGAAUGUACAGGCCCAUGCUCUCAAGAGCAUCAACAAUGCCAAAAAGAGAGAUGAACACCAGGUCCUAAUUAGGCCAUGCUCCAAAGUUAUUGUCCAGUUUCUAACUGUGAUGAUGAAGCAUGCUUACACUGGUGAAUCUGAAAUCACUGAUAAUCACAGAGCUCAGAAAAUUGUUGUGAACCCCAAAGGUAGGUUAAACCAGUGUGGAGUGAUCAGCCCCAGAUCUGAUGUACAGCUCAAAGACCUAGAAAAAUGGCAGAAUAAUCUGCUCCCAUUUUGUCAGUGUAGUUUCAUUCUACUGACAACCUCAGCUGGCAUCAUGGACUAUGAAGUAUCAAGACAAAAACACACUGUAGGGAAAAUCCUGGGAUACUUUUUCUAG